AAUAAUAGCAGGAUAAGCAACAAUCCCUCUCGCUCUCCACUCUUACAUCUCAUUUCUCCCAUAAUUUCUGUAUUUUUCUCAUUUUUUGACAGUUGAUGGACCGUUCUUUCUCUCUCCACAGAGCUCCUUUUCUCUCUUCCUUUUUACCAUCGUCUGUAAAAAUAUCUCGGGAUCCCCACGAUUUUAACCUUAUGAAUUCACCUUCCAACCGCCGAUCACUUAGGACUGGCUUUACUUCGACUGCUUUCAAUGACCGGAAGGUGCCCUCCGUCAGAGCUAGCGCCGGGGCUAGUCACUGUGACUUUAGCAGCUUGAACGCGCCUCUUGAGCCGAGGUCGGCUCCUGGGAAGUUUUUAAGCGGCGUCCUUCAGUACCAACGACAGGUCUUCCACUUUGCCGCCGCUGAUGAACUUAAGCGGCUCGCAGAUGAUCGUGAUGCAACCGUCGCUCGUGUUUCUGUUAGCUCGGAUUCUGAUGAAUCAUGUCUUCACAGAAGGAUUGCUCAACUGAAAGAACAGGAGUGCCAAGCUGCUGUGGAAGAUGUGAUGUACAUGUUAAUCUUCUAUAAAUUCUCCGAAUACAGAGUACCAUUGGUUCCAAAGCUCUCCAGGUGCAUUUACAAUUGUAGACUCGAGAUAUUGCCUUCAAAAGACUGGGAGCUGGAGUCGAUCCAUAGCGUUGAGGUUUUGGAGAUGGUUAGGGAACAUGUCAGUGCUGUUAUUGGCUUGAGAACAAACUCCAGUGUCACAGACAACUGGGCUACCACCGAUAUCCAACGGCCCCGUCUUGGUCGACUUUAUGCAGCCUCCAUCUUGUAUGGCUAUUUUCUGAAGUCUGCCUCCUCUAGACACCAACUGGAACAAUGCUUAACUUUGGUUCAUCAAAAGCAUCUGAACGAUAGGAACUUCCUUCAGUUUCUUGAUCUUCUACCUUGUGGAAUUAAGAGUCUGGUAUUUGGCCAUGCUAAGGACAUGCAAUCUGUUCCAUUCGGUCAAGGGUCGGAUAGACAGGAAAUGAAUCUCAAAGAGUUAAGGUGUUACGUUAUGGGAUUCGACCCUGAGACACUGCAGCGAUGUGCCAAACUGAGAUCCAAAGAGGCUGCAAAUUUGAUCGAGAGACACAGCUGUGCACUCAUUGGUGACGAGCAGACGGAUGUGACGGAUGUGGUGAUUAAGACAUCUUUUUCAAGCCUGAAGAGAUUAGUUCUGGAAGCUGUAGCCUUUGGUUCUUUCCUUUGGGACAUUGAAGAAUAUGUCAACACCGUGUAUAGGCUGAAGGACAACUAAUUUGAGGUAAAGGGGAAGUUAUAGCUGUUGAGUGAAGUCCAUUUGUAUAGAGGAAUCCAGUUAUGUGUUUCCUACGUUAUUGCUUUGGUUUGAAGGAAGGAGGCAUUCACAUUGUAUAGUUAUAAGUUGAUAUAAUGGAAUAAUGUACAGUGGUCAA